UUCCCGACUAGGGCUUUCUAGAGCAGAGGAAGCUGCAUUUUUAUGGAAUCUAUUCAAUACAACCGGUGGGAGACCUCUGAGGAAUUUGAGAUGGCUGAUACUAAGCGCCACUGGCGACCCUGGGAAGCUGGAUGGUGGGCAAAGCAGCUUCCUGGAGGCCGACCUGCCUUUCCCCUUUAUCUGCUAUUUUCUGUGACUUCUUUUCUGUGGAUAAUUCUUCUUAGUAUGCUGUUGUCCAAAGUUAUGGAAUUAUCGAGAGAGAUAGAGAACCUGGAUGAGCAACUGGAGGGAAUACAAGUCAAUGGGUCAGUAACUUCAGAGAAGCUGGUAGCUCUUCAAGUAGCUUUGAACUCCUCGGACGGCAAGCAUCAGACUCUAAAAGCAAAAGCUGAGACAAUGGCUGAGAAGCUGAGAAACCUGCAAGAGAGUCAAGUCAGCCUGAGUACUACCCUGUCUCAGGAACUAGCUGAGGCAAGAGAAGAUCGAGAGAACAUUCGAAGUGAGAUGUUUCGUGGACUGGAGGCUGUGAGGAGUGAAAAUGGAUCCUUCUGUCAACCAUGCGUUAGUCCCUGGAAGGCCUUCCAAGGUUCCUGUUAUUUCUUCUCCACGAUCAAGUUCACUUGGUCUAAGGCCAGGGAUGACUGUAUCCAGAAGAAAGCUCACCUAGUGAUCAUCAAUAACCGUGAUGAGCAGAAUUUCCUGACUCCUACUAAGAGGCUAGGAUUCUGGAUUGGCCUCAGAAAAGCCAAAGAAGGGGAACAUAAGUGGAUUGAUGGUACCAGUCUUGGAUACACCAACUGGAAUGAAGGGGAACCUAAUGACACCCACGGGAAGGAAGACUGUGUCAUGAUGUUGCAUCAUGGCAAAUGGAAUGACUUUCCAUGUGAGAUAUCCUCUGAUAAUUGGAUCUGUGAGAAAAAGCAGACCUGUUGAGCUUCAGCAGUGAAGAGACCAGGAGAUAGUUUGCUGGCUGAGCUCCCUCCCUCCACAACUCAGUCUUCAUGGAACAUCUGAUGUCUAGAUGUGGACCCUCAAUAGGCAUUACCUUCUCAGACUUGUACCCUCUGGACCAUGGAUCCCUACAAUUUUGCAGGCUUAUGGGGUCAACAGGUAUAUUUGGGAGACCAAUAAAGUAUUUUUGUCCUUUGUUAGAA